AUGGCUCCCACUCCCUUUGAAGAAUACGCUGCACUUAUGAACCGUAAUGGCGACGGUUACUAUCUAUACAAGCCCCAACCAUGCACUAAGCUUCACCCCGGUGUUGUCGAAUUUUUCGACAGACAUGGCGGUUGGACCACAAUCACCGACGUUUCCAUCCCGGGUCAGGCCGAAAAAGACGGAUACACCAGCUUCGGCUUCGAGUUAAUCAGAGAUACACCAGAGACAGCAAGCUGGGAUACUCGCGCUUCAUCAAGUGAAGCCCAGCACAGCUUUGGGGUGACUGGAGGACUCUCCGGAGCCCUGAGCGCUGCACCCGUGGAUGUAUCGGCAGAGGCUAAGAACAAAUGGGGCCAGACUGGAAAGGCCGCGCUCAUUGCUGAACAUGUUAUUAUUCACGAGAGAUUCCGUGGACCUUGGGGAACUCCACUUACGAACUGGGUGAAGAAGAAUGCCAAGGCUCUUGUGAACUCUGCUUGGAAUGAAGAGAUCAAGAAGUAUGGCCUUUGGGCCAUUAACAAGACUUGGUCUACCCAGGAAUGCAAGAUCACCAUGGACAGCGCUCAUAACCGGGACACAAGCGGUGGAUUCGAUGUUGGCGCUACUGGCGUUGCGAAGGGUGGAGUCAAUGGUUCAUCGGAGUCGAAGAGUGAGAACCAGGGUUGGACAACAUUUAAAGCAUCGGAGGAGGACAAAGGAUUAGUCGUUUCCUACGGUGGAAAUGGCUUCAAACUCUCCAGCUUCACUAAGUUCUUCACUAAAAACCCACUGAAGCAAACCCAAGAAAGGGCCGUUGCUGCCGAAGUCCUAAAACCUGUUUUCGAUGAUAAUGGACAGCAGAUCGGCUUUGAGACCUACAGACCCGUUCACGAUGAGGCUGGAGUGCAAAUUGUAGAGGAGAAGGUCGACGAAGCUGCCAAUACCAAGAAAACGGAAGACGUAAUUAAGGCGUCGGUAGAGAAUGGUGAUGCUGAGGAAGAUGUGGAUAUCGAAUUUGGUGAAUCCAUCGGAGAAACAGAAGAAGACAGAGAGGAAGAAAACGAGCACGCUUGCAAGUUACAAGAGGAAGCCAAGAACAAGCCUGACGCGAUCAUGAAUUCAGAGCUGUCCGAUAAGCAGAAGAGAGCUGCGCUGCUAAGCAUGUACAGCACCCAGGAGGUUGUAUUUUAA